ACAUUUCCUCCCCCUGCUGUAAUAAAAGUCCCUGCUGUAUUUAUUGUAAAUACGGUCUGUUGCAAUCAGGGGAUGACAGUGCUUACGAUAAUCACGCCGUGCCUCUGUGAGUAUAAAGGCUCCUGCAUCAGGAAGUGAAGCUGAAUCUGUGGGGCAUGGACACAUCGGUGGACGAAAUGAAUGAUCGAGUGUCGUUCACUCAGACUAACCCGCUGUUUGAAAUGUCGCUGAGCAGGAGUGAUCUCUACAGCUUCCAGCCUGACGAUCUGAAGCCGGCGCGGACCCGGAGACGUUGGUGCUUUUACUUCAUUAUAGUUUACCUCAUCCUGCAGACUGGCCUCAAUGCAUUUCUCAUUUAUAAAGUGUUCACUUUGGAGUCUUCGCUUUCUAACCCUCAGUUGGGGAAGCAAACGUCCAAUCACAUUCCUCAGGACGGAGAUGUGGGCGACAACUUCCAGAUUCUGCUUCACAACAACAGCCAAGAAACAAAGAACCUGAGGUCCAACGUGUCGGCCCUGCAGAGCCAGGUGAACGGCCUGUGUGGGAAGGACGGUCAGCUGCACCAACUCACGUCUAAUCUGAACCUGCUCAACACCAGCACGCUCAAGCUGGAGGGCAAACUGAGCAGCAUCAGCCUCAAACCAGGUCCUCCUGGUCCAGCUGGGUUACGGGGACUUCCAGGAGAGAAGGGACCCAAAGGUGACAGUGGUGUUAUUGGACCCAAAGGGGGUGAAGGACCCAAAGGAGAGCAAGGAGAUGUUGGCCCAUCUGGACCCGCUGGACCUCCUGGAUCAUCCGGAAGCCAAGGACCAGGUGCAAAGGGAGAAAAAGGAGACUCUGGGGUCCAAGGCCUGAAAGGUGACGUGGGGGAAGCAGGUCAUUCAGGAAUACCCGGGACUCCUGGGCUCAAGGGAGAAAAGGGAGACAGAGGAAAUGAUGGUCAACAAGGACUUCCAGGUUUAAUUGGACCUCCUGGUUUCAAUGGAACUGAGGGUCCUCCUGGACCAGCAGGCCCUAAAGCAGACGUAGAAUUGAAUGUGCGUCUCGUGCCGGGGCCGAACCGGGGCCGCUUGGAGGUGAAGCACAAUGGCGUAUGGGGCACGGUAUGUGACGACAACUUCGACGCCACGGAUGGAAAGGUGGUCUGUAGGAUGCUGGGCUUCAAAACUGUUACUUCGACCUUCACUGCCAGCCCAGGCUCGGGGGAGAUCUGGCUGGAUGACCUGCACUGUACGGGGACAGAAGCAGAUAUCUUUAACUGUCCUCACCCGCCAGUCGGCGUCAACAACUGCCAGCACAACGAGGACGUCGGAGUGGGCUGUGUUUAAGCUGAAACCAAGAAAAAGAAAGUGAUGUUUUAUUGUGAUCGUUUUGAUAACAUGCAGGGAGAAAAUGACCGGCAGGAAUCAAAAAUAGAUCUCACAUUUACUCGACUGACUGCAGGGAGGAGAACAGUACUGAUGCUAAUUAUACCCACAGCUGGAUCUCAUUUCAUAUUCAUAAAACAUAGAAUAUAAAAUGAUUUUUUUAUCGCUAAACACAUUAGCUUUAAUGACAGCGUAGUGUAAACAGAAUCAUGCUGAUUUCACUUUCGUUAUAUUCCACAAAUGAGACAGAGCUGCAACCGUCUGCCUCUUUAGCUCAAAUCAUCAUCUGUCGCGCCAUCCUCAUCAAUCCUCCUCCUCCCCCCCUCGGCCCCUCAGCGACACACCACAUCACCUCCCGUCCACCCAACAUCACAAUACACCAAUCUGCAUCGGUCAGCAGAGAUGAGGAGGUCACAUUGAAGGACUGGAAAUGUUUCUGACACAGCUGGCAUGUCACGUUUUUUCCUGACGCCUCGGGAAGAAAAACUGUAGAUCAGAGGAGGAGGAGAAGGAGGAGGAGGAGGAGGAGGAGGAUGAAGAAGAGGAGGGAGAGGAGGAGGAAGAGGAGGAGGAGGAGGAAGAGGAGGAGGAGGAGGAAGAGAGGGAGGAGGAAGAAGAGGAGGGAGAGGAGGAGGAGGAAGAGGAGGAGGAGAGAGAGGAGGAGGAGGAAGAGGAGAGGGAGGAAGAGGAGGAGGAGGAAGAGAGGGAGGAGGAAGAAGAGGAGGGAGAGGAGGAGGAAGAGGAGGAGGAGGAGAGAGAGGAGAGGGAGGAAGAGGAGGAGGAGAGAGAGGAGAGGGAGGAAGGGCGAUUAUAAUAUAAAAAAGGUUUAUAGUCAUAUGCUAAAUAUUUUAUUUCACUCUUUGCAAAAAUAAUGAUUUUUUUAAAUCGUAAUUUUAUCCCUCAGUAGCGACACCUGCAGGUCGGAGGUUAUUUAGUAGCCUGUGUUAACGAGUCUCUUUAAUCAAUAUCUAAUAUCUAACCGGGCUGUUGUCGUUAUGACAUGUGAUUAAUCUACAGAUUCGGACGCUGUCUUUAUUUUUUUACACAAACUGAUCAUGUGACUUUAUAUGCAAAUUAACCCGGCGCCACACCCACCUUGAUUUAAAGUUUAACAUGUCCAGGUAUAAAAUCUCUUUCAGCCCAUUGA